CGGCAAAGGGCUGAAAUCAUUUGGUUUCGAUAGACGUGGAUGCUGCAUCGUCCGAUUUUUAAAGUUUUUCCUGAGAAAUCAGGUUCUUUGACUCGGCAAUCCUGUUCAUCUUCCCCAACAGAAUUCCUCAUCCUCAGCUCCCCGCCAUUUAACUGUUGCCCAUAGCAACGGACAAGGAAUGAUGGUUUCCAGUCCAGAUGGUUUUCACUUCAGGAAUCAAAAGAUUUUACUGAUCAACAUGGAUUCCGUUCCGACUCCAGGAGCAAAAAAAUUUCCUCAAAUUUUCCUGUUUUUAUAAAGCAUUCUACACAGUAUUAAUCUCCCUUUGAUUCUCACUUCGAUAUAGAAACAGACUAAAAUAAAUCCACUACUUGCAGCUCAUAAAAUACAUAAUGGCUUUGAAUUUUCUACCAUCUCUACAACAUAUAGCUGCUGUUAAAGUGGCAUUGGCUGUCUAUUAUGAUGACAUUAUCCACUCCUUUAACGAAUUCAUUCUGGCUGAUGAAUUCGAUCAAAUUGGUUCAUUUCAUAUUAGUCAGAGUCGGGAAGAGAGAGUAAAACAAAGACGAAAAGAAAUGAGAAGGCAAUUAUCCCCAUUACUCCCAAAGGCACUCGUAGACCAAGUCGUGAACAUCCUUCAGCCAAUAGUUGAUGAACUUUAUUUCUGGGUUAGAGACUAUAUUUGCGUCAUUAAAAAUAUUCAAAAGAGUCAUAUCGCUAAUAAUCUAUGCUGGAAGUCGGAAGGAACAAUCGACAGAAUAAAAACUUCGAGGCAACUCGUUCGAAACGAAAGCAUUGAUAAGCGAGUUCGCUUCGUUUUAGCAUGCAUUCAUUUUUGGGAGCAAGAUGUUCUGCAGUUAUGGCGAAGUAUGACAUCAAAAGAAAGGGGGAAAAUUUCUCGUAUAGACUCUAAUUUUGCUGUCGGAUUUUGGAUGAAAUGGUUGAAAAAAAAUGCUGUUUCCCCUUGGACACAAUAUUUCCCAGAAUACUUAAAUCUUGCCUCCCUUGAACCAAUAAUAAUUUUUGAUUAUAAGCAUAAAAAUAGUCGAAUAAGACUGAGCUCAUUUUUCGCUGAGUUGAACAGAUAUUAUAAGAACUUUUUCCUAGAUGGGUUUUGGCCAAAACACGCACAUAUCGAUGAUUUGUUUCAUUGUUACUAUUUAACUGCUGAGACUGAUCGUCCCGUAGUCUUUCCUUUAAAUACGAAAGCAAAACAUGUGCUCUGUGUUUAUAUAGACUGGCCUUUGCAGAGCCAUUUGUUUGAAGUGUUAAACAAGAUGUGGGACCAAUUAACUCCGAAUUGUUUUGAACAUCUCUUGCGUUAUAUAGUGAAUCAAAAAUUGUCGCACUCUAUGGAAGAUUUCGAUUACCUGAAACUUCUUAAGGAUUUAUGGAAUCGGAUUCCCGAUGAUGUCAAAGAAUAUAUCAAGGGGAAAACAACUUACCUUUUCGUUGAGCCAUUGCUGAGUUAUGAUGAAAAUACAAGCCCACUGUCGUUGGAGGAAACAUUGCAAGGUUGUAGAGAUUCGAUUCGUGUGGCGUAUGCUGGAUUCGGUUUUAAUUUUCAAUAUUGAUUUAUAGUAUAUAUUUGUUUAUCAGUAAACCUUGCAACAAGGUAAAGAUUUGAUUCAUUUUUCGAUUAUUGACUAAAAACUUUUUGUAAUAUAUAUAUAUAUAUAUAUAUAUAU